AACACCUGGGCAACCUGAGCUUCAACAUCUGGAACAAGAUGAAGGACAUGGUCUCCUACACUCCUGUGAUUCUGGACCCAAACACUGCUCAUCUAAAACUCAUCCUGUCUGAAGAUCUGACCAGUGUGAGACUUGGAGGAAAGAGACAGCAGCUUCCUGAUAAUCCAGAGAGGCUUGAUAGAUACCACUGUGUCCUGGGCUCUGAGGGCUUUAACUCAGGGACUCACAGCUGGGAUGUUGAGGUUGGAGACAGUACAGACUGGGAACUGGGAGUAUUAGCAGAGUCUGUCCAGAGGAAGGGAGGCAGACCGUCCGGAUUAUGGACAAUAUUGUUCCAUAAAGGUAAAUGCUCAGCACGGUCACCAUCAGCUCCACCCACUGUUCUCGUAGUGCAGAAGAAGCUCCAGAGGAUCAGAGUGACUCUGGACUGGAACAGAGGAAAGCUGUCAUUCUCUGAUGCUGAUACUAACACACACAUACACACCUUCACACACACCUUUACUGAGAAGAUGUUUCUAUUCAUUAACACUUGGGAUAAAGUCCCACUGAAGAUAUCACCAGUGAAGGUGUGUGUGUGACAGUGGAGCAGAGCAGCUAGAGAUAAAGAGGAUGAUGAUAUUCAUGAUGGUGUUUAUUUUCUUAAAGAGUCAUCCAAGCGAUUUACAAUCCGAAAAUUGCAAGAAUCCUGCAUCAAACCUAACCCUAACUCUGUAUCAAAUAUGUUGAACUGCUUCAAUGCUGCAGUCGAAAGCACGUUUUGUUUUUUUCAUGUGUAAAAUGAUUGUUUUUUUUUUUUAGUUUUGGCUA